CUGAGUCUCUUGAUUUUGAUAGCCUCUUUGCGUCACGCACACAUGCGCGCGCGGCCGUGCCGCCGCGCUUGCAUGAUUAUUGCAUAUGUAUAGUCGCAAGGAAGCCUCGCGUGUGUAUCGGAGGAGCCGUAAUGAGUUAGUAGGUCAAUUGUUUUGAAUUUUAGUUUUCGGUCAAAAUAUUUAAAAAAAAAUGGAGAAAGAAGCAUUGAACUUGGACGAUACAUCGAAUAAAUUGCAGCAAGAGAUUCUCACGCCCUACAAAGUAGCUGUCAUUAUGUUAAUCAAAGACUAUUGUUACAAAAGUGUCAAAGUCAUUAUCGAACGUCGGGAUUUCUGCAUUGCAGCUCUGAAACUCAUUCAGAUGCCUGAUAUGGAAUUAAUUGAUCUACUGAAAAUGCUGCGUUCUCCAGAAUAUACAUUACAAAGAUUUGCUCUCCAGUUAGAAUUUGAAAUGGCCAAACUAUGUGAAACAGGAAUAGAAGGAUUGUUAGAACUAUUUGACAGUCUGACACGUCUUAUGAAACCGUCCCACGAUCAUUCGUUAUCACCUGCUGCUUUAUACAGGAAUUCGGUCCUGGGUAUUUACGUCAGGCGAAUAAUAGUGAUAUUUGAACAAUUGCCAUUUUUCCGAGUAGUCAAGUUGUACGAAUCUUUUUGUGCCGAAUUUGAGAUAAUAAUGGAUCAAGAUCUUUCAAACAGUAUUUCUUCUCUCAAGAAGGAAGAAUCCCUUAGUAAAAAGAAUGUAAAUGUUUGGGGUGGUCGUCAAGCAGAGCUGCUCGUCGCUCAACAAGCCCAUGCCUUACAAACGGAUGAGCACAAAGCCAUGGCUCCAAGCGAACUUCAAGCACUCAUUCGAGAGCUCUUGAGCUGCAAUCCUUAUUAUGCAGAAGCGCAUUAUCUCAGCUACCUGAAUUGUUUGCGCGUAAACGAAUAUUGCGGGGCACUCGACAGUCUUUAUCAUUGCUUCGACAGAUUGGCUCCGUUGGAAAAUCGAUCAGCCCCCGAGGACAGAGCGAGAACCUUUCGAUACGCGGCGUUGAAUCUUGCAGCUCUCCAUGCUCAGUUCGGUCACAAGAAAGUCGCCGAAGCUGCUCUGAAGGAAGCUGUCAUGAUGGCUCAGGAAGCCGGAGACAACGUAUGCCUACAACUAGCUCAUGCUUGGAUGUAUCAUCUUACGAACGAUAAAAAAGGACCGCUAAUAGAAAGAUCAGUGGGAAAAGCGAGUAUGCUGGGAAUAACUCAUACAACGAGUUUAGGACUCAUUGCUUCGGGUCAUAAUUCAGCUUUAGAAGGAAAAACACCGCCGCAUGUUUUCGAGACCCUGAUAAAAUCAGAUGUGGUGAAUUGUCAGCAUUCGAUGAUGGAUUUGCUGUCGAUGACAUACGCUGAAAAAUCGGCGCUUUGGGCGUAUUACGGUAAAACGGAGAUGUCAUCGGUUUGCGCGCAGCUGUUGUUGUUGAGAAACGGAGGUGACAAAAAGCAGCACAUGUUCAACGGCCCGUCGACGUGUCAGGGUCUGAUAAACGUUGCCAACAUGUUGGUAGAAUUCGGGGAAUAUAAUUUGGUGGAAGUAGUGAUAGGUCACGCGAAAGAAAGAUUUCCGAAUGAGCCGAGCAACAAAAUAUGGAUGUUGAGCGAGCAAGUGGCUGAAUUUACAAAAAUGAUGAGACACGAAAAGUGGAGCGAGGCGGAGACAAUCGCGGCCCAAAUAUCGAGCUUAGAUCCAUUGGAGAGUAAAUUUCGUCAGGCCGAAGUUUGCCUCGCGAAAGCUGAUUUUUCAACAGCGUUCGAGAACGUUAGACAAAUUGAAAGACUGGAAGAUAUUAGUCCCGAUAAUCGAGUACGUGCGAUGAUAUUGUCGAGUCAAAUAAUGAGUUCAUCGAUUUUACCAGGCACAGGAACAACAGGUACGAAUUCCCUGGUUCUAUUGAAUUCGGCAUUGGAAAUGUCGACCAGAAAUUAUUUGUCUUAUUACGAGGCUGAAGUUAAAAUGCAUCUCGCUAAUAUCCAGCUGUUAAUGGGAAUGCCGAAUCAAGCGUCAAACUUGGUCGAUGAAGCAAUCGUACAAAUUCUUGCUCAUGGCGGAUGGUACGAUCAAGCCAGAGCUCUCGUUCUCUAUGCCAAAUGUUUACUAGCUACUGCUCCGCUCACGGGAGAUGAACGUAUGCGCGCCCUCAAAGACGCUAUCAAAGCCCUUGUCAAAGCUCAAAAUCAUUUCGACAAAGUCGAAGCUUUUGGAAGAAAGCGGAGUACCCUUUAUCUUCUGAGCAUAAUUUAUCACGAAAUCGAUGCAAAGGAUGAGAGAAAUCAGUGCGCUUUUCAAUACAGGCAACUCCAUUUACAAUAUCCAGCCAAGUUGGACUACAUUAAAUCGUAUUGAAUAUCCAUUUCUUCUGUAUAUAAUCUCAUUUUUUAAAUAAUAUCCAUCGAAAUGUG